CUAACCCCGGACGGUGGACAUUUGGACCUUUGUUGUGGACCUCUGAGCUCCUCCUCUUAUCGCCGGUUGCACCUGUACGCCCGUUACGCCAGUUACGUAGCCUCCCCCACUCCGAGCACCAUGUCGUUCCGCCCGCUGGUCGAGGGCGACUGCGGCGGCGUGAAUCCGCUGAUGCAGCUGGGCGGCCAGUUCACCCGCGAUGUGGCCCACAAGGACGAGGGCUACGUGCAGCGGCAGUUCGAGCGGGGCGCCCGUCCCGAGGACCAGCUGAUCAACGAGUUCCUGGGCCAGGUGGCCGCCCCGCCGCAGUCCUUCCAGAUGGACACCCUGCUGCAGGAGAUGCGGGACAUCAACAUCCACGGCAAUCCGCAGCAGCAGCAGAUGCAGCAGCUGCAGGCGGAGCAGUGGGGCCAGGACUUUGCCCGCGGCCUGGCCCCCGCCCUGCCCAACAAGAUGAUCCACAUGCAGGCGCAGCAGCAGGACCUGCAGCACGCCCAGGAGUUCUUCGACGAGCCGCUCAUCAGCAGCCAGAACUUCCGGCCGCUGCACCGGCAGCCGCUGAUGGCCAUUACGGCCGGACAGCAGCUGCAGCAGCAGCAGGACCCCUUCUUCGACUCGGCCAUGGAGACCAUCGUGACGGACAACCUGCCCCAGGCGCCGCAGGGCGAGUCGCUGGACGACUGGAUCAGCGACUACCAGCGCAGCGCCGCGCAGAAGGAGCAGACCGCCUCCAACUUCAAUGAGAAGUUCUGGCAGCGCCUGCAGGACGAGUGGCAGAAGCUGGCCGACGAGAACGAGCACCCCUGGCUGUCCGAGUACAACGACAACAUGGACGCCUACAAGGAGUACGAGUUCGCCGAGGAGAACCCCAUGGCCGAGCUGGAGAACGCGUUCGAGAAGGGCAAGGAGUACCUGGCGAAGGGCGACAUUCCCAGCGCGGUGCUCUGCUUCGAGGUGGCGGCCAAGAAGCAGCCGGAGCGCGCCGAGGUCUGGCAGCUGCUGGGCACCUCGCAGGCGGAGAACGAGAUGGACCCGCAGGCCAUUGCGGCGCUGAGGCGCGCCUACGACCUGCAGCCGGACAACCAGCAGGUCCUGAUGGCCCUGGCCGUCUGCUACACCAACGAGGGCCUGCAGAACAACGCCGUGCGCAUGCUGUGCAGCUGGCUGGCCGUGCACCCCAAGUACCAGCACCUGGCGGCCGCCCAUCCGGAGCUGCAGGACGAGGGCACUGCGCUGGCCUCCUCGCUGAUUGGUCCCAGCAGGCUGCGCGACCUGCAGCAGAUCUACCUGGAGGCGGUGCGUCAGAACCCGGCGCAGGUGGACGCCGACGUCCAGGAGGCCCUCGGCGUGCUCUACAAUCUGUCCGGGGAGUUCGACAAGGCGGUGGACUGCUACCAGUCCGCACUGCAGGUGGAUCCGCAGAAUGCCAAGACGUGGAACCGCCUGGGCGCCAGCCUGGCCAACGGCUCGCGGUCCGUGGAGGCGGUGGAGGCCUACCAGCAGGCGCUGCAGCUCCAGCCGGGCUUCAUCCGGGUGCGCUACAACGUGGGCGUCUGCUGCAUGAACCUAAAGGCCUACAAGGAGGCGGUGGAACACCUGCUGACGGCGCUCACCAUGCAGGCCCACACCAACGCCGCCCGGGAGCUGCCCAAUGCGGCGAUGGCGGCCACCAGCAGCGGGCAGAACCAGAUGUCCGAGUCCAUUUGGAGCACAGUCAAGAUGGUCAUCUCGCUGAUGGGUCGCAGCGAUCUCCAGGGCCACGUGAGUGACCGCAAUCUGGCGGCCCUGAACGAGGCCUUCAAGGAUUAACCACCAAUCAGCAGCCCUAUUGUCAUGUAUAUUUUUCUAUCGUUAUAUCUGUAAGCAAUUAAAUACUUCUGUGGUAUCUAAGGAUGAAUUUGUAUUGUAAAGAAACCAUUCCGGCUAGAUUCGUUGUUGUCCGUAUAUUUUUCUAUGUCCUUAUCCUUAAGCGAUUAAAUAACUGUUGAGGAAA